AUGGCGAGAAGCCACGCUGUUCCUUACACUGACUCUGCUGCUGCAGAAGGAGCAGCAACUGCAGCAGGAGCUGCCGCUGCAACAGCAGCACAAGCAGCAGCAACAAAGGCUGCUGCUGCUGUUGCUGCUGCGAUUGCCUCUGCUGCUGCAGCCCUCUCCUCAGCACUUACUACAGCAGCAGCAGCAGCAGCAACAGCAGCAGCAGCAGCAGCAGCAGCAGCAGCAGCAGAGCAGCAACCACCCCGGGCGUCUAUACAAGACCUCCACCCAGGAGGCCAUGCAGCAGCAACUGCAGCAGCAGCAGCAGCUGCUGCUGCUGCUGCUGCUGCUGAUAAUGCUCCUUCUGCUUCAGAAAACCAUACAGCAUCAACUCCACCAGCAGCAGGAUCAACAGGUGCAGCAGCAGCAGCUGCUGCUGCUGCAGUUGCAGCAGCAGCAGCAGCAGAGAAACGACAGCCUGCUGACCCUCAGGGCCCCGCCUUGGAUUUGCUGCUGCCGCUGCUGCUGAAGCAAAUCGAGUGCCUCGUCAGGCAGCAGCAGCAGCAGCAGCAGCAGCAGCAGCAUGAGCAGCAGCAGCAGCAGCAGCAGGGUGCAUUAUUUCCACAGGCAGCUCAAGGCGUGGCUAAGAAGCAGCCAAAGACCAGCAAGCUGCAGCAGCAGCAGCAAGAGCAGCAGCAACAGCAACAGCAGCAGCAACGAGGCGUUGCUAUCUUUCGGGGGUUAAGCCGCAGCAGCAGCAACGAGGCGUUGCUAUCUGUCUUUUGCUGUUUUGGUUUUGUUUCUUCUUUUGAGAGGAAGCACGGCUACUGCUUUGUAGACUAUGCUCACCCUGCUGCUGCUGCUGCUGCUGCUGCUGCUGCUGCUGGUGAGGGGGCUAGGCUGCCGUGUGCUGCAGCAGCAGCAGCAGCAGCAAUUCAAUUCCUUAACAACGCUACUAGCGGAUGCAGGGGAGAGAAGAAGCUGUCUGUACACCUGGCGAGGGUUUCACCGCCUUUGCCGCAGCAGCUGCUCAGCAGCAGCAGCAGAAGCAGCAGCAGCAGCAGCAACAGCAACAGCAGCAGCAGCAGCAGCAGCAGCGCUAGGAGUGGAUGCAGCUGCAGUUGCUGCAUAAUAUCGUCUCCAUUCGAUGCAGCAGCAGCUACUGCUGCUGCUGCUGCUGCCUUCAUAUUUCCUGUCAGCAGCACAGAACCGCCAACAGCAGCAGCAGCAGCAGCAGCAGCAGCAACAGCAGCAGCAGAAACAGCAGCAGAAACAGCAGUAGCAGCAACUCGGCCACCAGCAGAAGCAACUACAGCAGCACCAACAGCUGCAGCAGCAGCAACAACAGCAGCAACAGCAACUGCAGCGGCAACAACUGCAGCAACAACAACAGGUGCAGCAGCAGCAGCAGCAGCAACAGCAGCAACAGCAGGCAGCCCGCGGGAGUGGCUUCGUAGCAGCGAAGGAAUUGACGGAGUCCUUGGGCGUUACUGCAGCUAUGUAAAACUAUUUGCUGCUGCUGCUGCUGCUGCUGCUGCUGUUGCUGCUGCUGCUGUUGUUGCAGCUGCAGCAGCAGCUGCUGCUGCAGCUUGCUGUUGUGUUGUUUGUUAUUCCGUCUACUUGUUGACGUUUUUCAUCGUUUCUCAGCAGCAGCAGCAGCAGCAGCAGCAUCACCAGCAACACAAGCAUCAGCAGCAGCAGCAGCAGCAACAAGAACAGCAGCAGCAGCAGCAGCAGCAGCAGCAGCAGGUGUGUGUGUGUGUGUAG